UAAUACAUUGAUAAAGUAAAGUUGUGGAUUAUUCACUCGUUGAACAUUUUAAGCUAAUGGCGGAGAUGCAUGUUCCAAGGUAGAGGGCACAGCGGCGGCGCGGCAUCGCCCUAGAUAACGGUAGAAUCGCGCAGUGAUGUCCAGUGGUGUCGCGUUGUCUUUUCGAGAGAGUGUGAAAAUCUAGCGGGGCGGGAUUACGGGAAGGCAGAGGAAAAAAAAGUGCGUAUAUUCGCGUCAUCGUUAUUAUUGCCGUCUUAGAAACUUGUGGUGAAUUUCGUGCACCGCAAUGUAGAAUUAAUUAGGUUGAACGACACGAUCGUACCUCUUGGUUGAUUCGACAAGUUGAGCUACGACCAGCAACUAUCUACACGCUGCUUUCCCUAUGGACUCGUGACAGUGGCGACAGAAAAGUCGAGCUGAGUAGAGAGCGGAAGAUAUCGCUGUGUUAAUCGCCGGGAAAGCAACCAGAUCUGUCUCACUGAGAGUAAACCGAAGCAAAACGUGGCGGAUUCGGUGACCUUUCGACUGUGACCAGCAGGCGCACAGGCAAUAUAUAGAACAAGGAAAUGCGUGAAUAUAAAAUAGUUGUGCUGGGCAGUGGAGGUGUAGGCAAGUCCGCCCUCACUGUUCAGUUUGUACAAGAAAUCUUUGUAGAAAAAUACGAUCCGACGAUUGAGGAUAGUUAUCGCAAGCAAGUCGAGGUUGAUGGUCAACAAUGUAUGUUAGAAAUUCUAGACACAGCUGGCACAGAACAAUUCACAGCCAUGAGGGACCUUUAUAUGAAAAAUGGACAGGGCUUUGUAUUAGUAUAUUCGAUAACAGCACAAUCAACUUUCAACGAUCUACAAGAUCUCAGAGAACAAAUACUACGAGUAAAAGACACAGAUGAUGUGCCGAUGGUAUUAGUAGGCAACAAGUGUGAUCUGGAGGAUGAGAGAGUAGUGGGAAAAGAUCAAGGUGUAAACUUAGCCCGGCAAUUUAAUUGUGUGUUUAUGGAAACCUCUGCCAAAGCUAAAAUUAAUGUUCGCGAUAUUUUCUAUGAUCUGGUUCGACAAAUAAACAAGAAGUCGCCAGAGAAAAAAAUGAAACAAAAAAAGAAAUCGCUGUGCCUACUUUUGUAAGGUAGAUAUAGCGGAGCGCAAUGAAUAAAAUAUCGAAGCGGUAAUAAAUUAAAACAAGAAGCUAAUGACACCAAGAACAAGGGGGCUGACGGGAUAUUACUAGAACGACAAAAUGGAAAUUUAAGGAACUGAAAAUCCGGUUGUAAAUGGCGGUAAAAAACGAAAGAAUGACAGCACAAGAGAUACAAGUAGCGGGGUCAAGAACAAAGACACAUGUGAAAUGGAACACAGCGACAAACGAAGAAAAUAUUGUAUAUACGUUGAUUUUUGAGUGAUUCAUGUGCACACGCAAACAACGACGCACAAAACAAUAUAUGAGACUCCGCUACACUGGUGGAAGAAUAGGAGAUUUUCAUAAAAAUACAUGCAAAGAGAGAAAUAAUUACCUAAUAAUUAUAUAUAUAUAUAUAUAUAUAUAUACUUACAAGAAUGAAAACAGAUAAAAAAAGAGAUAAAAAGAAAACAAAUGUAACUCAACUUUUCCAAAAAACAACCAGAAAGAAACAUGAUUUUAGACGUGCGUGUGCGCAUUAUCAGCGCCUUGUACAUCGCCGCGUACUUUUCUUCCUCUCCUUUUCCUCUCUCUUUCUCUCUCUCUCUCCCCUUCUCUCUUAUAUAAUAAAAUAAGUAUAAAUAGAUGAUCUUGAUUAUAUUGCUCUUACUAUUAAUUAAUUAGUAUCAAAAAAGCCAUCAAAAUGUUCGUAAGUUAUCGAAAUGUUUGUUUCUCAAACAUGUUUUUCUAUAUCUUUUCAUAUUAAGGCAAAUAAUAAAAAAGUGAAUGUUAACACAAACGGUCCAAUUUUCCUAUUGUUAUAAUGUAAUCAGGAUUUUAUUUAAUUCCGUGCCCUCUUAGCCUUGUUUAUAAACCGCUCGCGUAAUUAGUCUAGAUAAUUUGUGGAUCUUAUCCUUGUUUUAUAUGAUUUACAUCGAGUUAUAAGAUAAUAAAAACAGAAUUUGAAAAAUA